ACACAAAGCCUACGUACCUUCCACUCAAAAUGGCGAAGCAAAAAAUUGUGAUCCGGGUCACGAUGAAAGAUGCAAAGAAGCGAUCAAAAGCGCUUAAAAUAGCCGUAGGGCUACCUGGUGUUAUAUCAGCAGGGUUGGGAGGAGUCGAUAAGGAUACAAUCGUGGUCGUUGGAGAUGGAAUUGACUCGGUUGAGCUCACCAUGAUUCUUAGGAAGCGGAUGGGGUCUGCAGAUCUAGUCAGCGUAACUACAACAAACGAAAAGAAGUACAAGGAAUUUGAGGGGGAUCAACGGACAACGAUGCAAAUUUGGCCUAGCCAAACGCCAUUUGCAUCCUACGAUUCCUACUCCCCCUACUCGUCCUACCCGUACACAUAUCAAGUUCAUGAGCCAACUCCAUCUUGUGCUACUAUGUAGGUUUAUGUUCUCAAAUAUUUUGUUUAUAUUUGUGGCGUGGAUUGUAAAUAUGUAAUAAUAUGCUUUAGUACGUAUCAGAUUAAUAGGGGGUAGUGAAAGAGAUCUUAUAGCAUGAUUAACAUAAUUUAACACUCGU